AUGCACAAGGAUGACAAAGAGUUGGAACCGAUUUCCCACGAGAACGAGUACAGGAAGGAAAUUGACCAGCUCAACGAGGAAUGUUUCCCUGGUUGGCAACACCGUCGAAAACCUUUCUGGUGGUUGGAGAAUGAUGAGAAAAGGCCUGAGGAUGACUCAUUAUACGAUGAAUCAUUGGAUAAUAACAAGGAUCACGUUGGUCAGCCGAUGAAACGUGUCAGCGAAUGGACGUGUCGGGUUUGUUACUUUGGGGCGUUUAGUUGA